AUGUCGCUGCCCCAACGAUUGCCGGUCGCCACCGGACUCGACAAGGAGAAGGGCUCCCCGCUAUCCGCCGUCUUCCCCCCGAUGCCAUUUUGCAUGCCGCCCGUGUCUUCGGGGGCUUCGGUGUUCCCGAACCCGCUGCUCUUCCCCCCAAACUUCCAGCAAAUCUACGCCACCCUCAUGCAGCAGCAAUUCCUACAGCUGGCCGCCCAGCAGCAGCAGGCCAGUCCGGCGAUGAGGAGUUCGGACCCAUCACCGUCACUCUCCGAUCGAGCAUCCAGCGGAGCCGAGACGCCUUCUUCCAAAAAACUCCAAAUCGACGACGACGGCUGCCCAAUUUGCCCAAUUUGCUCGGAGAAGCUCCCAGAAGCCGAGUGGGCCGAUCACGUCGAGCUGGAGAAGACCAGGAUCAUGGACUCGAUCAUCAGCGCCAAAGUGCAGCAGCCAUGCGGUGUUGAAGCUGCUCAGAGCCCGGGGACUUUGGCUAGGAGGAAACGUGAAAAUGAGCUCGCCAGAGUCAGGGCGAACCAGUUGAAGCGGCUUUCACUAAAACGAGCCAUGAUGCCAUCAACCUCGAUCCGGGACACCUUGACUCCGUUUAGCCGACAGUCGGAAACCCUCAGCUCCCCGGACUCGAAAGGCAACAACGGCGAAGCGAUGCGAUGCGCGAUUUGCUCGCGCGAAACCGAUUACUGUAUCGUGGCCUCCUCCUUCGAGCACCCCCGCUGCCAGCAGUGCUUCGACCAGAUGACCUCAGCCCCGAAUCAGGUCCUCAUCCCGGCUACGCUCGCCGGCAGCCCGAUUGAUAUGCGGCUGAACGCCUCGGAGUCGACGAUCUCGGCCGAGAUGAGCCCCCCGGAGAAGCGCAUCAAGAUGGAGGAA